AUGGCCGACAACGAGAGCUUUGAGGUCGUCUCCCACGGCGACGCUGCCCCUGCCGCCUCGGCUCCCGCCGAACCUAGUCAGGUCCCCUCCUCACCUCCAUCCGCCGCCAACGGUGUCAGCAAGACGAGGACGGCAACAUCGGGUUCUGCCACGAAGCCGACCACAGCCCGCCGCCCAGUGACCGCCUCGGCAGCCACUAAGACGACAGCGUCCUCCGCCGCCCGUGCUACCGGUGGGCUCAGCAAGCCUCCAACCCGACCUCCCGUGUCGUCCACUGUCCGCCGCACAGCAGCUGCCAGCGUCUCGUCUACCGCUACCCACCGAUCGCGGGCCUCCAUCUCUGCCUCCGAGGAUGAGAGCCACAAGCGGACCCUCACGUCCAGCGCCCGUCGCACCUCGACUGUUUCUGGCUCUUCGCUGAGCUCCUCCUCCCCCGGAAGGACCACGGAGCGAAGGACAGGAACGGCUACAGCCCCAUCCGCUGCCAGCACUGCCAGGCGGGCUGCUGCCGGAACCGCUGCUGCCGCAUCCCCACGAACUGCUACCAGCUCGACGUCUUCGAGGACCGCUGCCUCCUCGAGCGCCGCCCCGACGAGUGCCACGAGAACCCGUUCCACCGCUUCGACCGGCGUUGUUGCCGAGGCAAGGAAGAGGCUAUCACUCGCCAGUGGAAGUACCACUGCCGCCCCCUCUGCUGCGAGACCCGUGUCUCGUUCCUCUGCUAGCGGUGCCGCCGUAUCUAGCAAGGAGCUCGAGGAGCUUAAGGCUAAGCUAGCUGAGAAGGAGGCCGAAAUAGAAUCACUCAAGACCAAGGUCCAGACAGCGGAGGACAGGGUCACCGAGCUGGGACAAGCCGCCCAAAACGAGGAGGCUGGUGCCAAGGCCGCUGAAGAGCACACCGUCGAGAUUGACGGCUUGAAGGCCGAGCAUGAGACUGCCGUCGCAGACCUCGAGGGACAGGUUGCUGCCGCAAGUGAGAGGGCGCAGGCCGUCGAGGCCGAGCUGGAGCAGCAAAGGGCUCAAUACAACGACAUUGUUGCUUCCAAGGAGGCGGUGGAAGCUGAACUCGUCUCCCUGAAGCAGACAAUCGAGACCCUUGAGGCCGCCCAUGCCGAGAAACUGGGCGAAUCUCAGGCUGCCCUCAACAAGGCUGUUGAGGAGCGCCUGAGGGAAAUCGAGGUGCUCGAAGCUAAGCAUACCGCUGAGCUGGAGAGGAUUUCCUCCAACUCCUCUGAGAGCGAGCAGGCCAUCACGGCUCUGAAGGCUAGUCAUGAGGCAGCUCUUGCCGAGCUCCAGAACAAGAUUGACGAGUUGACUGCUUCCCAAGCGACGCUGGAGGCUGAUCACGCUGCUUCUAUUGCAGCUGCUGGUGAGCAGCUUGGCUCGACGGUUGCCGCUCUCGAGGCUCAAGUUUCGGAGCUUACCGCCAAGGUUGAUGCUGCGCAGAAGGCUAGCGAGACUGCUGAGGCUCAAGUCCAGGCCAAGACGGCGGAGUUGGAGGAUGUCAGGGCCAGCCUUGCGGACUUUGAAUCCCAAUUGAGCCGUGCCAAGUCUGAACUUGACGCGUCUCUGGAAAAGAUAACCGCCUUGGAGGAGAAGGCUGCCACCAUCCAGCAGGAGAGCGUCGCCAAGGACGAGGCCCUCAAGGAGGUCCUGAGGAAGCACGAGGAGCAGCUGAAGCAGGUUUCGCAGGACUACGAAGACGAGAUCGAGAGCCUCCGUGGAGACGCCUUCUUCAAGCGGAAGUUCCAGGAGCUAGAGGCUAAGCACAACGACCUGACCGAGAACCAUGCUGCGGUCGUUGAGAGCCACAGUCUCGCACUCGAAGCUGCCAAGAAAGAGCACGAAGCCGCCGUCGCCGCCCUCGAGGCGCGAGAGGAGGAGUUCCAGAGAGAUCUGGCCGCCCUCCGCGCCAGCCACGCCGAGGAGCUCCACAGCGCUAGGCAUACGGCCGCGGGCGAGCUGGAGUCCACGAUAGACCAGCUGAAGGCGAGCCACGCGAAGCAGAUUGAGGUGCUCAGGAGCGAAAGCGAGGCUGCGCUUACCAAGGAACUCGAGGCGCUCGGCGCUUCUCACGCCAAGAUCGUCGAGGACCUCCAGAGGGAGAUCGAGGAGGAGAAGCAGGGCAUCUUCGCUGCUCACGAGCAGGAGCUUGCCAAGGUCAGGGAGGCUGGGGACAGCGCCCACGCUACUGAGGUUGAGGGUUUGAAGAAGGAACUCGAGGCUGCCAUCUCGAGCUCCGAGGCUCUCAAGGCUGAAGCCGCCGCGUCCAGCAGUGCCCAGGUUGCCGAAAUUGAGCAGCUGAAGAAGGAUCUUGAGGUCGCCAAGGCCCAGAUUGAGUCGGGCGCCAGCGCGCACGGCGCCGAGAUUGAGAACUUGAAGAAGGACCUCGAGGCGGCCAAGGCUGAGGUCGAGAAGGCGCAGGCCGACCUCGUUGCCGCGGUAGAAGCCGCGAAGAAGGAACUCGAGGCCUCGCACGCCACGGAGGUUGAGAAGUUGAUUUCGGUGAACGCCGAGGCGAUCGAUGCGCUUAAGAAGCAGUCUGCUGAGGACUCUGCUUCGCACGCUGAGACGAUUGCCAUUCUUAAAGAUACGCAAGCGAAGGCCUUCGAUGACUUGACCGCUGAGCAUGAGGCGCGGAUUGGUGCUCUUACGGACGAGCACAGCAGCAAGUACAAGACUGCCAUUGAUGAGCUCGAAUCGACCAAGGAAACUCUAGCUAAGGUGCAAGCCGAUGUGGAGGAGCUCGGCCAGCAACUCGCGAACGAGAAGAUGGAGCGCGCAACAGCUCAAGCCGACCUCGACGCCGCCCGGAACGCGAAGCCCGACACGACAGAACUCGACGCCCUCAAGGUCGAGCUAGAGACCCAGAAGGAAACGUACGAGAAGCAGCUCGAGGCCAGCAAGGCGGAGCUCGCGGACCUCAAGUCGGACGUCGAAGUGGCGCAGAAGGAGCUUGAGGCUCACAGGCUGGACGCCGAGGCCAAGGCCAAGACGGCCAAGGCGGACUUUGAGGAUAUGCACCAUACGAUGACGGAGCUCAUUGAGACGGAGCAGAAGAAGACUAAAGAGCUGCAGGAGAAGCUUGAGGAGGUGGAGAAGAAGAUUGAGGCGUUGGAGAAGACGGUUGAGGAGAAGGAGAAGCAGAUCGAGGAGAAGGAGAAGAAGAUUGGCGAGAAGGAGAAGGCUGUGGAAGAGCUCCAGGCGCAACUCAAGGUCAAGGAUGCGGAAAUUGCCGAAGCCAAGGCCAAUGCUGCCGCGACAUCAAAGGAUAAGAGCGACACCGAUGCUGACGCCGAGAACGAGACGGCGGCUGCCGAAGGUGAGGAAAACGACUAUUCAUCGGCAGCAUUAGCUUCGCUGGCAAAAGCUAGGGUGACUGCCAAGCAGAUGGACUCGGUCGAGGCGGAUAUCAGGGAGCGUAACCGAGAGAUGCUCAACUCGAUCACGGACAUUACGCAGUCGGCUUAA